AUGUCUCUAUUUUCUUAUAACGAAGACACAAUGGAACUUACCAUAGAUGAAUUUAUCAUUCAUACAGAAAGAGUAAUCAGUAGAGUAGCCUAUGGUGUGUUUGUGGAUUGCACAAAAAUUACAACAAAAGAAACAUUAUGUGCUAAAGUAAUUAUAACUUCCAUAUUAAGAUUACAUCAUUUGAAAUAAAUAAUUCUAAAUGUGAGAAGGAAAUGAGGAUGAUAGAUACCUUACGCACGGCUUACCUCACAAAUCAAAAUCUUGUUAAAGUUUAUUUAUGCUUGCCUUAUCAGGAAAAGUUAAUAGUUAUUAUGGAAAAAUGUGUAACUAAUCUAGAAGAUGAAUUGAAGAAGAAAGGUAAUUUCGGUUCUGAAGAAGUCAUAAACAUAUUAAAGUAAUUGUUAAAUGGAUAUUUACCCUUAUACUAAAAAUAAAUAAUUCAUCGUCACAUCAAACCUAGAGAAAUCUUAAUAUCUUAUGAUUUUUAGGGAAAACCAAUUUAUAAACUAUCCUGCAGUAAAAUUUACUUAUGUCAAAAAAAAAGUAAUCUAACGAAAGUGGGCAUUCCAUUAUUCGAACCACCAGAACUUAAUUAUAUGGUAACAGACACAGAUUUAGAUUAGAAAUUAUUGUAAUUAAAGAAGAUUCCAAAAGGAAAAAGUCAAGUUGAUGUUUAUCCAGUAUAAAAUUGAUUAAUUCUAGAUUGGGUUGAUGCUUUAUUAUUGUCUUUUUGGUUAAUAUCCAUCUAGACCAACAACAUGGCUAGAAUUUAGGAGCUUUUUCAACAACCUAAAGGUACAUCCUAUCAAAAUAGAAGACAAAUCUUAAAACAUCAACAGUGAUCUUUAGGAGAUGAUUGAAAGAAUGAUUGUAUACAAUCCAUUGGAAAGAAUUACUUUUUUAGAAAUUUAUUCAAGCAAAUUAAUUGGCAUCUAAACAUAAUAGCCAGUAAAAUUAUUUAAAUUAACCAUAAAUCCAGAAUCAAAGCCUAAACUAUAAGAUUAAUUUAGUAAAUUUAAUCAAUAGCAAGAUGAUUAAAAACCUCUAUUUCCAUGUUCACCUAUUCCAAAUGAUAAUAUUGAGUAACCCAGUUUUUAAUAAUCUACUACAAUCCAACAAUAAGCAUAAUUUUAACAAAAUAACGAAAUCCAAAUUGAUGAAUACAAUGAUUCGCAAAACUAUUUAAAAGCAUAAUUGUAAUAAAAUAAACUAAAUCUAGAUCUGAAAAUUCCUUAUUAUAUAGUAAGGACACAUAAAAUUUAUUGAGAUAAGCCCUGGAAUCAAUUCAAUAAUUCAAUCAUGAAAAAAUUAAUACUGACUCAGUCAAAUUGAUGAAGUAUUUUAAAUAUGAGGAAAAUGGUAGUUAUUAUACUUUAGGAUUUCUCAAAUUUUAUUAUUGUCUUAUUAUAAGAGCAAAUAAAGAGAUAAUUAGGAAACAAUUCGCUAGUGAACAAGAAUUAAGAUAAGAAAUUACAAAUAUUUUGGAAAAGAAUGAUCAUAAUAUUUAUUGA